CACACACACACACACACACACACACACACACACACACACGCACACACACACCCACAGCCAACUCAGUUCCUCUUAAUAUGCCAGUGUUGGAGAUGUGUCAUUCAUCGCCGAGUGAGAUCGUGUUUGGUUCAGCAACAUUGAAGAGCAACUUCGAUUGUUUCCCUUUCUAGGACGAGUAGCGGAUUUUGAUCACCAAGCAUGGAAGAUGGUGUGAAGGGGGACCCGGCCCAGCCUAAAGAGGCCAGGUUCCUCAGCAAGGCCGGCUGGGUGAAGAAGGCCUCAGGCAGGGUGCUGGCUAUGUACAAGGACCGCUACGUCCACGUGGAGAAGUUCGAAGUGGUGGUGUAUGAAAACGAGGACUUAAAAACUUGCCUGCAGAGAUUAGACCUUGAAAACUUUGAGAAAUGCCUCGAGUUGAAGAGCUUCUUCAAGAAGAAGAACAGAUUCAUAUUGAUACGAGAACCCAAAUGUGCCAACAAGAUCCAGGACGUCAAGUUUCAAGCCCAGACUCCAGAGGAGAAGGACUCCUGGAUCAAGGCCUUGACUGAAGGCAUUAAUCGAGCCAAGAAUAAAAUCUUUGAUGAGGUCAAAGUUGAUGAAAGUAAUAACCUAGAUCAUGUGACACGGACGAGACCCAAGGGCAACCGAGGCCGGAGGCCACCAACCAGGAUCCAUAUAAAAGAGGUGGCCAACGACGAAAAGGAUGCUGGGUUUUCUGACGGCAACAAUUAUGAAAACAUUGAGAUCAAGGAACCUCCUAAAAAGUGCGAGACCCUUCCUAUGCCUCCAUCCAGUAACAGCAAUUCCACCGAGGAAAUGCAGUCAAGUUCCCCCGAACUGAAAGAGCCAGAGCCUGUGGUUGAACCGAAAAAAGUCUUUAAACCUCCCAUGCCUCCAUCAAAAGAUAUUAAAGAUAUUUUAGCCACUGAGAAUGGACCUUCCCCGGAGGCUGACCCAGAAAAGGUCCCAGGGCCGCCUAAGCCCCCCUCUAACGAGCUGAAGCCCAGUGUUUCCACUGCUGAGGAAGAAAUUGAAGACCUGUCCGAAGGUGAUCCUGUGCCCGGGGCUGAAGAACAGACGGAUCCAGCGGUCACCCCUCCGACCGAACCCAUGAGCAGCUCCACGCCUGCGCAGGAAUCCAGCCCUCCCACUAUACCUCCUAUAGACAAGAAGCCUGCUAAGGACCCAAAGACGGAGGGCUCGCCAUUGACGUCGGAAGGUCCAAGUGAUGAAAUCGUAGUCAAAGUGAGUGAGAUGGAUCAAUCCUCAUCCCUACCCACUGUCCAAAAGCCAGAGGUGGAAGAUAUGUCAACAAGUCCCACUGCCGAGGAACAUCCCAAAGUAUUAGAUGUAACACCUGAGCCAAUAUCAAACUCUACCCCAAGUGGUCCACUUAACGCCUCCAGCAGCAACAAGCCGCAGGUCCAAUGGCAAUCUGACCCCACAACUCUACCUACCCCGGACUCAGCUUCAUUAGAAACAACCAGGAAGGGCCCCAGCCCAAUACCACCCCUCAAGAAAAAGCCUUUAAAAAUGUUACCUCCAAAGACGCUCUCUCCUGCACAGCUGCCUCAGCCUGAAGAUCAACCGGCAGUGAGUGCUAUCCCCAUAGUCACUCAGGAGGAAGACAGCUCCUCCAGUGAAGCUGCACCUUCAGUCGGCUCGACCCACAUAGAAGACUCUCCCGAACCCACGACAGAGUCUCAAGAAGUUAUCCCAACCGUGGUUCUUACUCUGAGCGAACCGGAAGCACAGCGAGCGACAUCAGAGAGCAGCAUUUGCCACUCUGAGGGCGACAGUGUGGACUCUGGAAGCGAAGACACUUUGGCCUCCUCCACUUUUGCACUACAGGGAAGUCAAGUGGGUUUAGACUCUGUCUACGCGAGCGACGACGACAGUGAGGAUUACAACAACCCGGCGCAGAUCCGGGAUGCAGCUCCUCCGGGAACCAAGAUCUCUCAGUUGUCCUCAAGUGUGCAAAUAAACCUAAUCCGGGAAAAGCCUAAAGUCGGCCCUCGACCCCCUGUCCCACUCAGACCCAUUUUCAAAGCCAUGUCGGCCUCGGUUGGAGAUCUGCUGUCCAACAUUUCAGAGGAGACCCCAGACAGUGGGGAGGACCUCAAUGAGGUCAAAAACCUUGAGAGGGAAAUUGCUCUGGGGUUGGAGCAGACAAAGGAACUCCUCAGCAGCACAGCCCAGACACAGGGGGAGGGCCUCGGAAAAAACAUGCCAGAAGAUUUACUGGCAAAGGCCAUGGAGAAACUAAGGAUGGCGGAUCACUUUCUCAGGGAGGCUAAGACCUUUGAGGAGUCGAAACGUCCGAGCAGAAGCAACAGGAGCAGCUGGUGAAUGGUCACUAUGUAAAAAAGUACCGAUUUACUUUCUGAUUUCUUGUGGUAACCAGACGAUGUAAUGUCAUUGAAUGUCAUUCCCGAGCUGGUUGGUCAGCAUGGGGCUUGUGCCUUCUUAAGCGCAAUGGCUUCUCCUUCCCUUUCUAGGAAUGUUUCUUAGUCACUGGUCCAUUAUAUAUGGGGCACUUUUAAAAAAUCCAUCCCUAAUAGAGGGAAUCAUUUUAAAUGAUGAAUUAGCACUAAACUAGGUUUACAGAUACUAGAAAUUGCAGAUGACAAUUUUGGGAUAAUGUCAUCAAGCCUGGCCCCUCUGAAACAUAGUUUCCUUACAUAAUUAAUUAGUUAGUGAUCAGCUCAAAGUAGAUUCUGACCUGUUCACAUGUAAGAAAUCAACACACUUGUGUUAUAAAGAGAUUGUAUUACUAAUAUUUCGCUGCCACUGGCCAAAAAGCCAGCGACUGCCUUAUUUCCUGUCACCUACAAAAAGGAAAUGCCUUGGUUAAGGGCACACACCACACUCAUUUCAGAGGAAAUUAACAGGAAGAUAAGUUUCCUUUUUUGUGGCAGAAUUCUCGCACGUACAAUUGAGUUAAUUUAGUCUAUUUUAAUGCUUCACUUGUGCUUAUCUUUUGCUGUUGUGUUCGUUCUGUGACAAUUACACCCUGGCAGUUUGUUUCAAUGACUUGCCCAAUAAAGGCAAAAUAAGGUCUCUAAUCAUAGUGAUGACUUUGAGGUUGACUGAAUUGUUAUUAUUUACUCAUUGGUUGAAAAAAUCAGAUAUAUGUUAGGAUUAUCGCAGUAAACCAAGCAAGGUGGAGUAGAAGUAGACGGCAUGGCAUGCGUCACAUCGGUACCAGCGGUAACACUUUUGUAAGAAACACCCUUCUACAAAACAGAGUUCACACAGGAACUGACUCGCUUCCUGGAUCAACUAGUUGGACACAGGUAGUAUAAGGGAAAGUACUGCCUUAACAGAAGUCUGUUUUGACCUUCUAGGAUUUGAUGAUGUUGUUUAUAUUUUGGGUUUGUGUCAAUGGACUGUGAAUUUACAUCUGUCUUUUCAUUGUGUGUAUAUGUGUGUCUUGGUUAGUUUGUUCUGUGCGUAUUGAUUUCAGUUUUUCUGAGAGGGCACUGUGCUAUGUACAUUGCUUUACCAGGUGUAUUCGAAUUUGAUAUCGAAAAGUGUAUCGAGAAAGUGUUAAGAAUGUUGUUCUCAAAAGGGAAACAUGUGGUACCUAGGUGUAUGUGAAGGAUAAUGCCAAGAAUGGCUUGUUAAGGAUCUUAAUGAUAGAUUGAUUUGACUGCAAAAUCGUUUCCUGUGGAAGGUUGAUCGUGUAUGGGUUAAAAUAGUGCCAUACCACAUUGUACAUACCACAUUUUAAAUAAAUAAUUCCAUAUUAAGUUAUUAAUGAUUUGUCCACAACAGAUUCUAACCAAUGUUGCUGAAAGGCCUUGUUGAUAUUGUCUAGUGCUAACCCGGUAGGUUGCAGGUGUGUUGAUAGGCCUUUCUUGUCUUUGUCCGUUCUGGCAAUCUUUUAUAGUUCACCUUUGUCAUGCAAUAUAACACAAAUAUAUAAAUGAAAAUGAAAAUAAAUGUACACAUUUUAUUAACUGACAA